CCUGAUUCACGUGCGUCAGAGGCAACACGUUUCGAGGAUACACAGCAGAGCAGCCCACCCUCCAGCGACCACUACACCUACAUUUAAACCCGGUUCCAAGUAGCUUUCCUCUGCAUUGUUCCACCACGUUGCUCCGCAGACUUUUCUCCAAAGUGGUCUGCUAUUCUAAAAUGGGGAAAAGAAGCAGGCAGCGGCAGAAGAACCAGCCUGCUGGCAGAGACAACAGGGACGACAGGGACAACGCUGGCUGGGGAGCUGGCUAUGCUGACAUCGUCAAGGAGAAUAAGCUGUUUGAGCACUACUACAAGGAACAAGGCCUGGUGCCUGAUGGAGAGUUCGAACAGUUUAUGGAGGCAAUGAGGGAACCGCUGCCAGCAACCAUCCGCAUCACUGGAUACAAGAGCCAUGCCAAGGAAAUCCUCCACUGUCUGAAGGAGAAAUAUUUUAAAGAUAUUCAAGAGGUGGACAUCGAUGGCCAGAAGAUUGAGGCUCCGCAGCCUCUGAGCUGGUAUCCCGACGAGCAGGCUUGGCACACCAACAUGAGCAGGAAGAUCAUUAGGAAGUCUCCCUUGUUGGAGAAGUUCCACCAGUUCCUGGUCAGCGAGACGGAGUCGGGUAACAUCAGCCGACAGGAAGCUGUCAGUAUGAUCCCUCCUCUCCUCCUGAAGAUUGAGUCCCACCACAAGAUCCUGGACAUGUGUGCAGCUCCAGGGUCAAAGACAGCCCAGCUCAUUGAGAUGCUCCACGCCGACAUGGAUGUGCCAUUUCCAGAGGGCUUCGUCAUUGCCAAUGACGUGGACAACAAGCGCUGCUACCUGCUUGUCCACCAGGCCAAGCGUCUCAACAGCCCCUGCAUCAUGGUGGUCAACCACGACGCCUCCUGCAUCCCCACGCUCAAGAUCGACUGCAACGGCGAGAAGGACAUCCUCUUCUACGACCGCAUCCUGUGCGACGUGCCCUGCAGGAGCGCUGGAACUGGCCGACAGCUCAGCUGAUCUGCCAGGACUGAAGUGGAUGCCUGGGGUCACUUCCUGGAAGCUGAUGACCAAGGAGGGCCAGUGGUACUCGGACUGGUCCGACGUUCCAAGCAGUCGUCACACACAGAUCCGCCCCACCAUGUUCCCGCCAAAAGACCCAGAGAAACGUGCUAGCAUGCAUCUGGAGAGAUGUAUGAGGAUUCUGCCACAUCACCAGAACACUGGAGGUUUCUUUGUGGCCGUGCUGGUGAAGAAAGCCCCGAUGCCUUGGAACAAAAGAUAUCCCAAGCUGAGGAAGGAGGUCUCGUCCCUCUCAGCGGCCCAGUCAGGAGGCUCUCCGGCGGCCCCGACCCCCUCAGAAACUCCCUGCCUCCCAAAGCAAGCUGUGGAGGAGGGGGAGGUGGGAGGCCCAGAGGGAAAAGUAGAUGGGGAGGCAGAAGAGGAGGUGCCCAAAGGAGCUUCCUUGGCCCAGGAGACCGCUGCUAAACAAGUGUGCGGGCCUCCAGCUGCUAAGAAGAUGAAGCUGUUUGGUUAUAAAGAAGACCCCUUUGUGUUCCUUACCGAAGACGACCCUGUCUUCACCACCAUACAAUCUUUCUAUGAUCUGUCGCCCGACUUCCCCAAGCUCAAUGUUCUGACCAGGACCCACGAGGGCAAGAAGAGACACCUGUACAUGGUGUCCAAAGAGCUCCGCAACGUGCUGCUCAAUAACAGCGAGCGCAUGAAGGUCAUUAACACAGGGGUGAAGGUGUGGUCUCGCAACAGUGAUGGAGAGGAGUUUGGCUGUGCCUUCAGACUGGCUCAGGAGGGUAUCUACACUCUCCAGCCGUAUAUUCGCUCCAGGAUAAUCAGAGUGAGUGUGGAGGACAUCAAAGUGCUGUUGACCCAGGAGAACCCCUUCCUUAGCAAACUGGAGGACGACGCUCACGCUCAGGCCAAGAAAAUGGUUAUGGGUAGCAUUGUGUUGAAGUACAUUCCCAACCCAAACGCCCCAGCGGAGCCUCAGUGUCCCAUCCAGCUGUGUGGCUGGAGGGGAAAGACGUCCAUCCGAGCCUUCGUCCCUCGCAACGAGAGGUUUCAUUACCUCCGAUUGUUAGGCGUGGAGGUCUUCAGAGACAAACAGGGCCUCGGGCAGAAACAAAAGGAUGGAGGAAAGGAAGAGGUAGAGGACGAGGUGGAAAAGGACACAGAGGAGGAAGGAGCCGCGGAAAACGAGGGGGAGCUGGACAUGGAGAACGGUGAUAAAAAUGGAUCAUCGCAACCAAAGGGCGACAGCGGGAAGCAGGGGACUAGCAGCUGAAUAUGUGGAGGAGACAGUGGAGACAAAGGAGGGUUCAAGACUGGAGACGUAUUAGAGCUCUAAGAACUGUUGACCAGGUCCAAGACCACAAUAUGUGGUAGAGGAGGGAGAUGUGCCUCAAUGGGUUUCUCUGUUUACCACACUGCCACAUGCAGAAGGAUUCGCUGCCAGAGAUCGACUCUCUUGGGAUUUUUAAGUUUUGAAGCCCCUCCAGGAGUCAGCUUUUUAGUUAAAUGGCUUGUAUUAUUUUAUAUAACUGUGUUUUAUGGUUUAACAAAUUUAUUCCACUGACCAAGUGGCCUCUAUUUUGUUUCAGUUGCCCAUGUUUAGAAAGGUUUAUAUGAACUGCCAUCUCAUUUUCUACACCUGAAAUUAUGCAGAAAUAUGGAGUUGAUUAAAAGUGUUGAAGGUUAA